AUGAGUGAAUGUGUGGAGGGUCUGUCAGAGGACGAUGUGGUGCUCUUACACUCCUGCCGUCAGUGGACCACAGUGACGGCCCACAGCUUAGAGGAGGGUCACUAUGUAAUUGGUCCCAAAAUUGACAUCCCUCUGCAGUAUCAGGGCAAAUUCAAGUUGCUGGAUGAAGACCGGGACGUCAGGGAUCCAGUCCAGUAUUUCUCUAGUGUGGAGGAGGUUGCUGGUGCCUUUCCAGACCGAGUUUUUGUCAUGGAGACGAUCACUUUCAGUGUCAAAGUUGUUUCAGGGGAAUUUAGUGAAGACAGUGAGCCCUACAGUUUCACUCUGCAGGCUGGAGAUGAGCUGUCGCUCAUGGGGAAAGCAGAGCUUCUCUGUGCCACUCCCUCAAAGGAAAAGACGGGACUGAGCGCGCUCCUUAGACGACUAGGAAAGACUCCCAGAAGUAAAACACCCUGCCUGGUCUGCAUGAACCAUCGCACCAAUCAAAGUGUCAGUUUGCCCUUUGGCUGCCGUGGACGCUUCUGCACACGCUCUCCACUGGAGCAAGGCAUGCUGGGUGGGGAGCACACGGUGCGCAGCAUCAUCGAGAGAGUCCGCCUCCCCGUCAACGUGUCUGUGCCGUCGAGGCCGCCACGAAACCCCUACGACCGUCACGCAGUACGAGAGGGCCACCGCUACAAGCUGCUCAACAUAGUCAGCAAGACGGUGGUGCUCUGCAUGGUUCUCCGCCAUCAGGAAGUCUCCCCCUCCCACUUUUUGUUGCUGCGUUGCAUGCCCCGGUUUAAUGUGGCCGAGGCCUCCGUGCACAAAACAGCACUGGAGAGCCUUCUUCUGCGACAUGCGUUUGACCCAGAUGCCUACUCUCGUGCUGUUAGAGAAACUCGGCCAGAAUUGGAGUGUAUGACUGAGGAGUGUGUGAGCCCACGGCGCUCUCGCGUGUGUGUGUCGAGCCAGGACUCAUUGGCACCGGCACUGCAGCGUCUCUCAAUGUGCGGGUAUGUUGGUGGAGUCUCAGACAGCGUGUCUCAGCGCUGCAGGGACUCCCUUGGAGAGCGGCUAGGGGAGGGGCCAGGUGAGGAGAGGGAGUAUGUGACUCCUGAGUGGACUGAGGGUGAAAUGAGGACCGCUGAGGAAAUCCCUUAUGAGGAACUCUGGACCAAUCAAAAUGCAGAGGGCUUAGGAAAGGAGCCAAACCUCAUAUCCUUCCAUUCAUCUUCCUCACUGGAUGGUUCUCUUGGUACCGUGGUGACAAGAGUGUCUACCCCGCCACCCGUACCUCCAAAAUCUGAUGCUGUGAGAGAGGAGUGUCGCUAUUUGAUCGCCCCUCCAGUUCCCCCUCGUUGCUCCAAAGGAGGCUCCAUCUCCAGUCCAGCUCCCAGCCCUCCUGUUCCACCUCGCUUCCCCAAAACGUCCACCUCCCCGAGACCAAACAUCUCCUUUUACUCCUCUGGACUACAGGACAGUUGCUCCCCCUCUCCCGAUGCCUCCCUCUACUGUUACCCGUGCUCUUGGGGUGACUGCUCUGCCCCUAAUCCUACUAGUCCUGAGCCUGUCUCUGGCAUCCCUACAGACAACACAGCCAAUCCUCAGCCUGCACAAGCCACCUGGGCAGAGCCAUGGGUGGAUUCCUUCACUUCCUCUGGACUUCGACUCAGGCCGCCACCCCCACAGAGUCGAUUCGCUCCUUUUGGGGCGUUGAACCCCUUCAACCGCCAGUCCCCUUGCCCCUCGCCUGAGCCUGCUCCCAUUUCCACAACAGAUUCUUCCAGAGGUGCAGAGGGUGGUGGGACAUCAACAGGAGUCACUGAGGGGUUGUCCCCGCUCCCUGACCCUACCUGGCGACCUCCCGCUGACCUGUCUGCUCUGUCAUUGGAGGAAGUCUCAGCUUGCCUGCGGUUUAUUGGCCUAUCAGAGGCAGCGGUGUCCGUGUUCCAAAGGGAGCGAAUCGAUGGCAGCCUGCUGGUGCAGCUGACUGAAGAUAUCUUGUCACAUGACUUCCACCUGAGCCGACUCCAUGUGACCAAGAUCACACAAUUCAUACAGGGCUGGAGGCCCAAAAUCUAAUAUACACACUGUCCUGAGAAUGUGCCUGUUGGCUGCUGAGCCUCCCUGAAUGUGCCUUCCACUGUGACCAACUGGCUGCUGAGCCCAAUGAAUGAAACUGAAGGAAACUACGCCACACUGUGGUCAAACUGUAGAAUUGACACUUGACUGGCUCUAAUGCUUAAAGUCAGACUGACAUGUUUCCUGUCUGAAUCACAGUCUGGCACUAGUUUACUAACAAAUGGCUACAACAGAGAGCUCCAGGAUAAAAGUGCCCUCUUUGGAACUUAAAGUCUGAUUUAAACAAUGUGUGGCGUUCACACCGUUCAACUUAGAAUUUGAUAUGCAAGGGAAAUUUCUAUCAUUUUAUCUUAAAUGAGAUUUGAUGAAUGAACAGAAUUUCAGCACUUUUUAGACACUUUAUUUAGUCAUCAAUAGGUGUUAAAUUAAUUUCAAGACAAGGUAAUUUAAGGAAUUGUAACAUUUUGACCCUAUACAGGUCAUUUAAACAUCCUUCUUUAUUCACUGAGUUUCAGUGGAAUGUAAUUGGCACAGAUAAAGUGGGAGGUUGUUGUAAAUUAAAACUACCUUCAAAAGAAGAUUGAGGAAAAUAUGAAAAAUAUCAGACCUCUGAGCAGUCGUUGACAAAAUUACUGAGGUUUUGGUACUGAUUUUUUUUGGUAUAGGUCAGUCUAUGCUUUGGGAGGGAUGAUAUUUUUUAUUAACAGUCCCUUUAAAGGUAACAAUCGCUGUUAUAGUAAAACUCAGAAAUGGAGUUGUAAGUGUACCUCAGAUUUCUCAUCCACAUAGAUUGAUCAAAGUCCUACAAUAUCAGGAAUUGUCACCACUCAGUUUUCUUGAAAAGCUAAUAUUUCUGCCACUACCUUUGCUGCCUUUUUCACCCACUGUUUUAGAUCCAUCUGUGAGUGCUUUGUUUCUGUUAUAAUCUCUUGUAACAUCUGCAGAUAACCCCAAAUAAAGACAGAAAAGCAACAGAGAGAGAGACAGGGGAGAAUUCUUCAUUGAACUUGCUCCACCUGGCCGAGCCUGAGGUUAUCAGCACAAACCUCAUCUUCAGAUAGCAGACAUUAGACACUGAUAAUGAAUGUAGUCAAAUUUUGUAAUAAGUUAACACAGCUACUCUUUGCUUUUCUACAUACCAUAAAAAAGCCCAAGUUAUUAAGUCUUGGACGGAACAGCUGUGAAGUUUGUUCAAUGAAUUAAAAAGAAACUCACAUAAAAAUGUAUAAUAAAUAAACAAAAAAAAAUUCUACCUAAAAUCACUGAGUCAGAAAAAUGAGAAUAAGCACAACACUUCAGUUUCUCUUCUUAGAGCAUUAAAAAUGAGGAGAUGUUUUUCUAAGAGGCUUAACGAUGGUUGGCUUUCAUAUACUUGAUGGCUGCUUCCUUAGUUACACCUUGGUAUUCAGAAGUAUUAAUUCUUUGGAGCAUAGAUUCAACAAGGUGCUGGAAAAUUGGGCUUACAUUGACAUGAUUUGUUAACUACACAUCUGUGAUGUGAAUCUCCUUUUUCACCACAUGCCAAAAAUGCCAUCUGAGUACAGCAAACUCAUUGGUGUGUUCAAAAACCACAGUUUGAAAUUUUUUAUCCUGUUGGAAUUAGCCAUCAGCUUAAUACACUGUGCCCAUAAAGGCAUAGACAUGGUCAGCAAUGUUGAUAUUAAGGUUAUCCCCUACACCAUUACACCACCAGCAGGAGCCUGAGAAGUUGUUAUGAGCCAGGAUAGAUUCAUGCUUUCAUGUUUAUGCAAAUUCUGACCCUGCCAUCUGAAUGUCACAGCGGAAAUUGAGAUUCAGGCAGAGUUUUUUCAGUCUUUGGUUAUCCAAUUUUGGUGAGCCCAUAUGAACUGUAGCCUGAGUUUCAUUUUAGCUGACACCUACUGCUGUAGCCCAUCUGCUUAAAUGUUCGACUUGUUGUGCGUUCAGGGGUUUUCUUCUGUGUACUUUGGUUGUAAUGAGUUGUUACAUGAGUUACUGUUGGUUUCCUGUCAGCUUGAAGCAUUCUGGUUGUUCUCGGACCUCUGGCACCAAACAAGGCAACUGCUGCUUAGUAGAUAUGUUCCCUUUUUAAAAAAAAUAAAUAAAUAAAUACUACUCUGUAAAUCCUAGAGAUGGUUGUGUGGCAAAAAUCCCAAUAGAUCAGCAGUUUCUGAAAUACCCAAACCAGCCCAUCUGGCACCAACAAUCAUGCCACAUUUAGAGUCACUUUAAUCACCUUCCUUCCAUAUUCUGAUGCUCAAUUUAAAGUUCAGGAGGUCAUCUUUGCCAUGUUUACAUGCAUAAAUACACUAAGUUGCUGUCAUGUGGUUGAUUAGAUAUUUGUGUUACUGAGCCGUUGAACAAAUCUGCUAAUAUACAAAUCUGCUGAGAGAGGGGCAGAUGCCCCCCCGGCCCCAAACUAGAUCUCUGCUCUUACCUGUGUGUUCUAUUUGAGGGGUGUAUCCUGAUGACAGUAUUGUAAUAUAACUGGCUACACUGAGGGCAAUCACAAAGCAAGAUCAUCCAAAUGAUCCAAAUGACUGACAAUGCAAUUUAUGUUGUUGUGAAUCACUACCUGUAAUUUUUUUUUUACUAUUAUCCCCAGGUUUGAUGGGUUUCAGCUAGGGCAAAAGCUGAAGUCAAGUUUCACUCGGAUCUACUACACUCAUGUAAUACUGAUCUACUCUGCAAUCUUGUAACUACAAAACCACUGAAGAAAUAAAGGAGAGAUCAAAAAAUAAA